UAAACACAGACAGACGUGUAAAUUCAAAGUGCCUCUGUUUCCCAGGAGUUUAAAUAUGACCACUUCCUGGUUGACAAAGGUCAAUGAAAAAGUAAUUUCUUCAAAAAUGAGCGACAACUAAAGCUUUUCUUGUUGCUAUUUGGUUCUGGUGCUAGUGAGUGCCCUGACCGUUUUUUAUUUAUUUAUUUUUAUAUUUUUUUUGCAGUACAUGAGAUUAAACAAUUCAUUGACACUAUAGCAUUAUGAAAGCUCAGUGAUUCUGAUGUCACCAUGUUUCCAGACAGUACGCGUGCAGGCCUGGGUAUUCUUCCACUAUUACAAGAUGUCCUUCUCAGAUACAGAAGUAGCUAUUGUUUGUUAUAUUUAUUUGCUCAAUGUCUUCUGAGGUUUUGGUUCUUUUAUUGUUGUAGAUAACCCAUAGUAUAACAAAAUAUUACAUAUCUCUUCAUUGUGUUUGGGCCCCCCUGGACGUGCGUAAAUCCGGCCCUGUGUGUGUGUAUCGUUAUUAUGUAUUUCAUAGUAGCCUAUGUAAGACAAAUCAUCAUCACCAUCAUCAUCAAAAAUUGUAUUAUUUAAAACUUUUUCACAGUCCGAGUUUUUCGUUUUCAUGUUUUCAUGUUGCCGCUGAGAGCACAGCUAUUUUAGUCGAACGAGGGCGCUCAUUCACAAGUAAUGUGCUGACUUGAGCGCGAGUAUAUUUCCUUCAUCCUAAACACCCGCGGACAUUACAUUCAUUACCUCUGAGAUCCGGUGAAGUAAAUCAUCUGUCAUACGUUUACUAUCAGAUAAAUAGGACCGACAAGCACUAAAUCCGUUUAAUACUUUUUUGGUGCGCCUAGACUUCUGCAGCGUCAAGUAAAUUCAUCUAGUGUGCUCGAAACCGGAUAACCAUGUCACUGUAUCCAUCUCUAGAAGACAUGAAGGUGGAUAAGUUCAUGCAGGCACAGAACACCCCCACUUCAAGCCCAUUAAAGGCUUUACCUCUUCCCGAACCUUCCAGAUGCCAGAAUGAGUCUUACUAUGAUUCAAAAUCUGAAGAGAUAGCUACUUCUAGCAGGUUGUACCCUGAGCUGAAUGAGUUUAUGGGUCUAAAUCUCAGUGCAGAUGCUCAACAAACUUUUUCCUCUUUAGUUCCUGACCAGACCAGUGGGGCUCUUAGUGUCUGCACACCCAGAAUGAGCUUUGCGGCAGCCCCCAUAACAGGAAGUGACCUGGGGGUGAAGAGGGCAGAGAUUCGACAGGGUAUACGGGAGGUGUUGCUGUGCAAAGACAUGGAUGGGAAGAUUGGCCUCCGCCUCAAAGUCAUAGAUAAUGGUGUGUUUGUGCAAUUAGUGCAGGCUAAUACUCCUGCAGCACUGGCAGGGCUGCGGUUUGGUGAUCAGAUUCUGCAGAUCAAUGGCAAAUCGUGUGCUGGCUGGAGUAGUGAUAAUGCACAUAAGGAGCUUAAGUAUGCCAACCCAGAGAAGAUCACUUUGGCUGUGCGAGACAGGCCACUGGAGCGAACUGUUACUCUUCACAAGGACAUGAACGGGCAGCUCGGCUUUCUUUUUAAAAAGGGUCGAAUCACUUCAAUAGUAAAAGACAGCUCAGCUGCACGUAACGGCCUCCUUACUGAUCAUCAGAUCUGUGAGAUCAAUGGUCAGAAUAUAAUUGGACUGAAGGACUCCCAAAUCACAGACAUCCUUAAUUCCAGCGGAGGUGUUGUCACAGUAACUGUGAUGCCAGUGGUUAUUUUUGAACACAUGAUAAAAAGGAUGUCCAGCAGUAUUGUAAAGACACUAAUGGAUCAUUCUAUUCCUGAGGUGUGAGAUCGUUUGGAUCUAACUGUACAACUGAGGAUGAUUUGGCCACAGCUUGGAGGGCUGGCAUUUUGUAUAGAGCACAAGUUCAGUUGUGUGUCCACAAUCAUAUGAUUUUAUAUAUGUUUAUGUUUGUUUAGGAGGUUAUUGUCAUGCAAAGAACGACAGAGCAAGGAGAACAUGAGAGAUAUUUGGUUCAGUUUUUCCUAAUAGUGUACCCAAAAAUGACAAGUUCUGUAAUAAUUUACUUAACUUGAUGUUGUUUUAACCCAUAUGCCUUUUUUCUCCUCUGCCAUAGCUGUCAAAUGUCAUUCACACUUUUGCAUAUUAAAACUGGUUCAUCACGUUCAAUCAUGACAUGCAACAACCAAUGCUGUUUGUCAUCAGUAAUGUUAAAACUGGUGUGACGUGUCUUCACACUUCAUAAUUUUAUAUACAUAAACGCAAAUAAGGAGCUGCUUUGGAGAAGAUUUUCAGCAAAUAACAGUUUAAACAUAAGUAUGUUUACUGUAUAACUUCAGAAGACUAACAGCACACAAGUCAUAUGGACUAGUUUUAUGACAUUUUCAUAGUGCUUAUUUGACUUGAAGUACUCUUAUCACCAUUCGUGUCAUCAUAUUAUUCUGUAUUAAGAAUAUUUAACAUCUCCUUAGGUUUAGAAUAAGGUGUGAAACAAUAUGAAGAUGAGUAAAUGUUGACAAAUUUUCAUUUUUGGGUGAUGCCUUUAAUCCAUCUCCUUCAUCUUUAGAUGUUUUUUGUUAAGCCUGAAGCUUAUUUAAAUUUCUCGCAACAUAACAUCUCACAAAAAGCAUUCUGAAUUAUCGUCAACAUGCAUUACAGCAUGCUGAUGCUGUAAAUCAGUCAUAAUAAUAAUGGUGAUAAAAUUACAUUUUAAAACCCAUUAAAAACCAAACAAAACAAAAAAAACUAUGCACUGCUAAAGAUUUGUAUAAAAAAACAGUUCAGAAUUCAGAGAUUAAUUAUAUGACAACUUCAUGUUUAAGAGUUAUAAUUGCAGUACAGUUUUGUGCCUCUGUAUUCUUUUUGUUGUUUUUCUUCAUAUCGUUUAUGUUUGUGUGGCCUGUGUGGUUUAGUACUUAAAACAGUAGUUUUCUUUCCUCACAAAAACUUGUUUUUGUUUUUAGUUUUUUUCUUGAUAUCUGCAGACAGGACUACAUCUGUUCGGCACAUUGUUUUGCUAUCUUCCUAUUAUAUGUUAAUCUAAAGACAGUGUCAGGCUGUGAAUUAUCAAUGAAAACUCUAU